AUGGUGGGAGACAAGGCGAGAGGGGAGAUGAACGCUUUUCAGAGAAACGAAUCCAAGGAAACUUUGUUCACUUUCAUUUCUGCAGGAGAUGAUUCCCCCAAAGGAGAUUUCCCUGUUCAGAAAAAAUCCCCGAAACUCUGUGGCUCCAACUACCCCCUAAGCAUUGCCUUCAUUGUGGUGAACGAGUUCUGCGAGCGCUUCUCCUACUAUGGCAUGAGAGCUGUCCUGACGCUAUAUUUCUUAAGCUUCUUCCACUGGGAUGAGAAUCUCUCCACUGCUGUGUACCAUGCCUUUUCUGCGCUCUGUUAUUUCACGCCUGUCAUUGGAGCCAUUAUGGCAGACUCAUGGCUGGGGAAAUACAAGACGAUCAUCUACCUCUCCAUUGUGUAUGUGGUUGGCCAUCUGAUAAAGUCAGUCGGUGCAAUUCCAUCCCUAGGCAACCAGGCAGUUCAUGUGAUCCUGUCUAUGGUUGGUCUGUUUUUGAUCGCCCUUGGAACGGGAGGUAUCAAGCCCUGUGUCUCUGCAUUUGGUGGGGACCAGUUUGAAGAGGAACAUACCUCGGAGAGAAGCAAGUUUUUUUCCAUCUUCUAUUUGUCCAUUAAUGCUGGAAGUUUGAUCUCCACGUUUGUAACUCCUGUAUUAAGAGGGGAUGUGAAAUGUUUUGGAGAGGAUUGUUAUGCACUGGCUUUUGGUGUCCCAGCAGCACUGAUGGUGUUGGCGCUUGUUGUGUUCAUUGCUGGAAGUGGACUGUACAGAAAAACGCCACCACAAGGGAACGUCUUACUGGAAGUGUGCAAAUGCAUUGGCUUUGCUAUUAAAAACCGGCUGAAAAACCGCUCCAGUCAGAUUCCAAAGAGAGAUCACUGGCUGGACUGGGCAUCAGAAAAAUACUCGAAACAGCUGAUUGGGGAGGUUAAAAUGGUGACACGUGUUCUCUUCCUCUUCAUACCGCUGCCAAUGUUCUGGGCCCUGUUUGAUCAGCAGGGAUCCAGGUGGACUUUGCAAGCCACAAAAAUGAAUGCUGAUUUUGGAAUAUAUGUCCUUCAGCCUGACCAAAUGCAGUUCUUAAAUCCACUCCUUAUUCUUGUCUUCAUCCCAAUUUUUGACCUUGGGCUCUACCCCCUGAUAAACAUGUGCAAAUUUAAUUUCACACCUAUUAGGAAAAUGGCAACAGGUAUGAUCCUUGCAGCGAUGGCGUUUGGACUUGCAGCCAUUGUAGAAGUCAAAAUAAGUGAAACGGAUAUGCCUCGACUUAUCCCAGAAGAAAGUUUGAUUCGGGUCCUGAAUUUGGCAAAGAACUCUGUUCAAGUGACAAUCCAAGACCGGGACCUAUUUCAGCAGCCCGUGGAGGCUUUUCAGAACCCAGCUGAGUACUCAAAAUUAAUAUUGAAUGGAGAGCAACAGAGCCUUCGCUUCACCCUGCAACAUCAAGGAUUGUCUCUUGCUUUUAACUACACUGUGAAGGAAAAAUCAGUAUACAGCUUAAUUGUUUUUGAGGCAGAAGAAAGCCUAUCAAGCCGCUUAAUUACAGACUUGGAAGCAAAGCCAGAAAACGGUUUGGCAGCUGUUAGAUUCAUUAAUGGUUUGAGCCAAGAUGUCAACCUCACCAUUGACAGCAAACGGUUCAUUGCUGUUCAGAAAAACUUCAGCGCUUCCGAGUACUUGCUACUAGAGAGGGACAAAUAUAAUAAUGGAGAAUGCAUAACUGAAACAGGAGAAUUCACCCUGGAGCUAGGGCUGCUCGACUUCGGCGCAUCAUACACCAUUGUGAUAACUAAUGUUUCUGGAGGUGCUGUUAAGACAUGGAAGUCAGAAGACAUCAAAGCCAACAAUGUCCAUAUGGCUUGGCAGUUACCACAAUACUUAUUAAUAUCUGCUGGGGAGGUGAUGUUCUCCAUUACAGGUCUGGCCUUCUCCUAUUCUCAGUCUCCGGCCAGCAUGAAGUCGGUACUGCAGGCAGGCUGGCUGCUCACAGUGGCUGUUGGGAAUACCCUUGUGCUUGUUGUUGCACAGGCUGCGCCGAUGGCACAGUGGGCUGAAUUUGUCUUGUUCACUGUUCUCCUCUUUGCUGUGUGCAUUAUUUUCUCCAUCAUGGGAUAUUUCUAUGUCAGUGUGGAUCCAGAGGACCUAGAAGAAAAGGAGGAGAAGAGAGAGACCUCAAGCAGAGGAAACAUGAUUAGUCUUGUUACUCAGAAAACAAAGCUCUAA